GUGGGCGUCGGGGAGCUAGUUAAAGCGGCCAAUGGGGAUCACCUGCCGGCUGACCUCGUCAUUCUGUCGUCCAGGUCAGGAACCGUAUUGCUGAGCUGCAUGGGGGUCUGGCGGGAGAGCUGGGAUGGCAGGAGGGGGAGAGGGGCUAGCUACAGGUCAGGACUUUUUGUCUUGCACUGCCAAUUUAAAUAAUAAAUAUUGGAUUUGACAUUCUAAGGCAGGAAGGGAAAUCUGGUUAUCUUGGCAAAGCUGCCCAGAAUUGAGGUGAAUAGGUCAGCGAACACGUUCCCAUCUAGGCACAGUCAGAUGCCUCAGUUAUAUUGACCAUGUUAACAAUAAAUGUUUUUAUGGCUUGAGAAUAUAGAGAGUUGAGACUUAAAGGGAUACUUCGUUAUGAGGCCCUUUAUCUACUUCCCCAGUCAGAUGAACUCGUGGAUACCAUUUUUAUGUCUCUGUGUCCAGUAUGAAGGAAGUUAGAGGUAGUUUCGCCAGCCAAUGCUAACUUGCGUGCUACUAGCAUGCUAGUUUGAGAUAAGAUCAUAAGUAUAGGGUGUGAACUGUGAAUGGGUUUCCAUGUUCCUAACUGUGCAUGGCUCUAUAAUUCCACCUUGAAACUACUGUAAACUUUGUUGUUUGACGUGGCAUGUUGCAUGCUGUGACAUUCCAACAUCAUUUUUAUGAAUAAUCUUGUCAUAAUAACAUACGUUAGGAUGCUUAUAACAAUGUAUCUACUAUAAUCAAGUAGAUAUUUUGAAUGACUCUUGACUAGUUUUAGAACACAUCACUGCAGAGCAAUUGUCUGUCGACAGGAAUCCAAAGCCCUUAUUGGCACUCAGUGGCUCAAAGCAGCUGGUACUAAAACCUAAUUGAUUGAGGUUAGGGCUUGAGUGGGCCAAAACCAUUUUUGUUUUUCUCCUUCCUGUUUUUGGAUGGGCCCCUGUCGUGCAUCAAUCACCCUGUUAAAAGAGCGGUUAACCAGCGACCCGACUCACCUUAAAGCUCCAGCACGCUCUAUAACUCUCUGUCCCCGUGCCCAGUGUCUAUCAGAGCGCCAUUUGUUCUGCUGUGGUUGUAGUGCUCGCUCGGCAUGCCUGCUCCCUCUCUCCCAGUCUUUGAAAGAAAACUGAAUUCAAGGGCAGCUGCAAACAAAUAUGUUAACCUUGCCUGUGUCGAUCUUUCAGGACUUGCGGCUUUCAGGUUGAUUUGAUGAUUUUGUAUUUUUUAUGACAAUUUGUUGCUACAUUGUUGCGUUCAUAAAACGAUACAUUUUUGUAGUUAAAAGUUCAAAUCAACUUGGUAUCAGAAAACUUUGCAGCAUCCUUGUUUGCGCCUUGAUUUGAAAGAGUGCUCCCUACCCUCCAUCCAAAACCAUCAGUAAAUGGAUGAAUGAGCCUGUUUGAUUAUUAUACAGAAUUAACUUUUGUCUUAAAAGUUGUCCAGGUCCAAUGUUCACUUUGAUGCUUUUUACUUCCCCUUUAAACCAGUGAGCCCCAAGGUAUGUGCUACAUUGAGACGUCAAACUUGGAUGGAGAAACAAACCUCAAAAUCCGACAGGUGAUUAUUUCUGUAUCCUACAUUUUCCUAUACUCUCUCUACUGUAGUACUAUUGUUAACUGCUUUCAUGGUCUCCUCGGAAAUAGGAAACUUGGAACAAUUGAACUGAGAAACUCAUACAGGGAUGACUUUUGUUCAGCCUUCCAGCAGAUUCCCAAUUGGGAUGUUCUGAUAUUUCUUCUGACAUUUCAGAAAUCACAUGAACCAAUUUCAGCUCAGUACAUUCCAAAAGUUAAAUGCAAUUUCAAUGUAGGCUAUCUCCUUUAUUGACUUAAUUUAAAUAGAAUUGGGACCUGGAAUCUAUGUAACAUGUUUGUAUGUGUGUGCAUGCACAUAGGGACUGCAAAUCACCUCAGAGAUCAAGGACAUUGACAGCCUGAUGCGUCUCUCCGGGCGCAUGGAGUGCGAGAGCCCCAACCGCCAUCUGUAUGAGUUUGUGGGGAACAUCCGUCUGGAUGGACACAGGUGGGACACAACACACCGCUCCACUUCUGGCACUCUGCCUUUUUUCAACCAGCCAGCAGCUUUUCCAUCUCAUAUGGCCAUUAGGAGUUUGGCCAGUGGGUUUGUGGAUCAUUUUACGUUUCUAUGGAGUAAAGAGAAGAUUGUGUUUAUUUAGGGGCUUUGCCAAUCCUUAGUAGUAAAGAACAUUAUGUCAGUCAUCUGCACAGCUUGACUUUUAUGUCACAUGUAUGCAGUACAUUGGUCACAUUAUGUCACACUUGCAUCUCAAUCCUGAGGUAGAACAAAGUCCCUGAAAACUGAAACUGGAAGAAGUGAGGACUUCCUCCCUACUCAGUGGUAGUGUCACUAUAGUUGUAUUUGAGUUCCAUAGUUUCUAAAGCUCCUCCACACUAUGCCAUGCUGGAGCCUCAUGGAGACUUCUGUUUGUGACUCCAGCACCGUGCCUCUGGGUCCUGACCAGAUUCUGCUACGAGGUGCCCAGUUGAGAAACACCCAGUGGGUCCAUGGCAUCGUGGUCUACACCGGACACGACACCAAGCUCAUGCAGGUGAAGUCCUCUGCUGGUUUACAUUUGACAUUUCAGUCAUUUAGCAGACACUCUUAUCCAGAGCCACUUAGUCAGUGCAUUCAAAUAAGGUAGGUCAGAAAACCACAUCACAGUCAUUGCAAGUACAAAACCCUCUUUGUUAACCCCAUCUUUGCAUAUUGAGGUAGGACUAUGGUUCCUUGGUUCAUAUUGCCGGUUGAGUUAGAAAACCAACGAACCAAGGUCCUAUCACGUGAAGUUAAGACCAAUUGGAUUUGUUACCCUGCUUUUGUUUUUGUGUCCAUAUAGUCCUGCACGGAAUGUAAUAUUGAACUUGUAUUACUUAUGUCCGUGUCUUUUGUCCAGAAUUCCACACGGCCACCUCUGAAGCUGUCCAACGUGGAGCGCAUCACAAACUUCCAGAUUCUACUGCUGUUCGGCUGUCUACUGGCCAUCUCUCUGGUGUGCUCCAUCGGACAAACCAUCUGGAAGUACCAGUACGGCAAUGCAGCUUGGUACAUGGACUUGAACUGUAAGAGCACCAAUGCAAGAUAUAUUCCACAUAGUCCACAUAUUGUGUCUCACUUGUCUGCCAUGUCUGCUUAGUUCUCUGUUGUUUUUUAGUUAGCUUUUGUUAAUGUUGGUGUGUCUUUGUUUUUUUUUACGUUGCCUCUGGCAAAGUAUGUAUUUGCAACACAAGUGAAAUAUGUGGCAAUGGGGAAUAAUGGGAUUCCCAUGUAAAUGUAAAACUGAUUGUGACAUGCAUAGACAUGUGAUGUGAAUGAAAGAAAUGGUUGAAUAUCAAUCACUGCGCUGCUGUACGUUUUGGUUAAGUUCUAAUGUUCUGUUUGGUUCUUUGUUUUUCUUUGUUGUCGUUUUUUAACAGCUCCAGGUAACAACCAUUUAAAAGCCUUGGCCAUCCGUGAAUGACCCUUCCAUACUAACCCCCUAACUGAAGCUCUGCCUUUGCUAAGCAAAUGAAGCCCCCUCUAUAUGGUUGUCCUACUUUGUAAAGGCCCCUUGCCAUGGACAGCACAGACCAGGGAUCCGACGAUAGGUUUUCCCAUCCAGCUCAUACAGUGGGGAAAAAAAGUAUUUAGUCAGCCACCAAUUGUGCAAGUUCUCCCACUUAAAAAGAUGAGAGAGGCCUGUAAUUUUCAUCAUAGGUACACGUCAACUAUGACAGACACAUUGAGAAAACAAAAAAUCCAGAAAAUCACAUUGUAGGAUUUUUAAUGAAUUUAUUUGCAAAUUAUGGUGGAAAAUAAGUAUUUGGUCACCUACAAACAAGCAAGAUUUCUGGCUCUCACAGACCUGUAACUUCUUCUUUAAGAGGCUCCUCUGUCCUGCACUCGCUACCUGUAUUAUUGGCACCUGUUUGAACUUGUUAUCAGUAUAAAAGACACCUGUCCACAACCUCAAACAGUCACACUCCAAACUCCACUAUGGCCAAGACCAAAGAGCUGUCAAAGGACACCAGAAACAAAAUUGUAGACCUGCACCAGGCUGGGAAGACUGAAUCUGCAAUAGGUAAGCAGCUUGGUUUGAAUAAAUCAACUGUGGGAGCAAUUAUUAGGAAAUGGAAGACAUACAAGACCACUGAUAAUCUCCCUCGAUCUGGGGCUCCACACAAGAUCUCACCCUGUGGGGUCAAAAUGAUCACAAGAACAGUGAGCAAAAAUCCCAGAACCACACGGGGGGACCUAGUGAAUGACCUGCAGAGAGCUGGGACCAAAGUAACAAAGCCUACCAUCAGUAACACACUACGCCGCCAGGGACUCAAAUCCUGCAGUGCCAGACGUGUCCCCCUGCUUAAGCCAGUACAUGUCCAGGCCCGUCUGAAGUUUGCUAGAGUGCAUUUGGAUGAUCCAGAAGAGGAUUGGGAGAAUGUCAUAUGGUCAGAUGAAACCAAAAUAGAACUUUUUGGUAAAAACUCAACUCGUCGUGUUUGGAGGACAAAUAAUGCUGAGUUGCAUCCAAAGAACACCAUACCUACUGUGAAGCAUGGGGGUGGAAACAUCAUGCUUUGGGGCUGUUUUUCUGCAAAGGGACCAGGACGACUGAUCCGUGUAAAGAAAAUAAUGAAUGGGGCCAUGUAUCGUGAGAUUUUAAGUGAAAACCUCCUUCCAUCAGCAAGGGCAUUGAAGAUGAAACGUGGCUGGGUCUUUCAGCAUGACAAUGAUCCCAAACACACGAGGAGUGGCUUCGUAAGAAGCAUUUCAAGGUCCUGGAGUGGCCUAGCCAGUCUCCAGAUCUCAACCCCAUAGAAAAUCUUAUGAGGGAGUUGAAAGUCCGUGUUGCCCAGCGACAGCCCCAAAACAUCACUACUCUAGAGGAGAUCUGCAUGGAGGAAUGGGGCAAAAUACCAGCAACAGUGUGUGAAAACCUUGUGAAGACUUACAGAAAACGUUUGACCUGUGUCAUUGCCAACAAAGGGUAUAUAACAAAGUAUUGAGAAACUUUUGUUAUUGACCAAAUAUUUAUUUUCCACCAUAAUUUGCAAAUAAAUUCAUUAAAAAUCCUACAAUGUGAUUUUCUGGAUUUUUUUUCUCAUUUUGUCUGUCAUAGUUGACGUGUAACUAUGAUGAAAAUUACAGGCCUCUCUCAUCUUUUUAAGUGGGAGUACUUGCACAAUUGGUGGCUGACUAAAUACUUUUUUUCCCCACUGUACACUCAACUCUUUAGUUCCUUUUAGUGCCUGAUCCACACAGUGUUUCUCCCUUUCUCCUCAUUUCUUGUGACACCUUAAACUCUUUGCAAAUCCAGGCCUCAGAUCUAAAAAAAAUUCCCUUUUCACCACAAAUGGACCAUGAGUCGCUACACUUAUUUUCUGCUCUUUAUCCUGUGAGAGCCAGAGAUGAGAUGGCACUCAGGAAGCUUUUUGUAAGGCAGGAGGCUUCUACAUGUUUGUCGCUGAACAUAGAUACUGCAGUGUAGCUCAGAGGGCUACCGCUGACAUUUUCUAAAUGCCUCCUUCUACUGCCUCAUUUUGUUGUGUUUAUUCUUCCAGCAGAGAAGGAGAGAGAAAGUGAGAGAGGGAGAAGGAGAGAUGCAAAACCUAUUCAGCACGAAGAUGGAUUGUCACAUCCACUCUGAGACAUGUUUCUCAAUUAAAAAGAUCUGGUGUUAGACUAACUACUAUUGACAGAAUAGAAGCGACAGGUAGGAACCUUACAGCCUCAGUAGAAGAAGAAUGAAGGUUAGGUCACCUCUGUGGCUACUUGAAAAGUGCUUUAGUAUUUUUCCCCCAUUGCCAAAGAUGGCCUUCUUUUGCAAUGAGUCUGUGAGCCUUGUUUGCAGAAUGAUUAACGUGUCACUACAGCCAUUACUCUAUAUUCAACUAGGCCUGUGUUAGGAGAGGUUGUGUCCUUUUCAAGCUUGUUUUAUGACAUACACUCUCCCCUCAGUCUUAGAACAUUGUCACAUUGUCUUGGAUUGGCUCGAUUUCCAGGGGUUUCACUGCACUCGUUUGUAGCUUUGAAACUCACACCUAAAAUAAUAAUAAUAAUAUAAUAUGCCAUUUAGCAGACGCUUUUAUCCAAAGCGACUUACAGUCAUGCGUGCAUACAUUUUUUUUUGUGUAUGGGUGGUCCCGGGGAUCGAACCCACUACCUUGGCGUUACAAGCGCCGUGCUCUACCAGCUGAGCUACAGAGGACUACAAAGACCCCAUCAUGUGGGCCGAGCAGAGAGUGGUGUACAAAUGAGGGUGAUGUGAGUCAUAAAGCAGGCGUCCAUCUUUUGACCGAUUGUAUUCUUUUAAGUGGUGGCGGGACUCAGUCCACUGCAGAUUGUUCCGACCUGUGUCAAAAGAGAGGUGGCCAAUUCAUCAUAUCAUAUUCAAUUUCACUGUUGCAUUUACAUACUGCGUGCCCAAAUUACUUGACUGUAAUUGCACAUUGAGACAUGUCAACACAAUCUCUAGUUAGGUGGAGACCACAAGUUUAAUGGAUUGACAGAGCAUGCUGGUCAAUGGGGAGAGAAGCUGGAUCACCACACAUAAACAACACACUGGACAUGCCCAUAUGUCAGAGAGGGCCCGUUUAUGAUUAUGCAUGCACGGUAAAUCAUGAAUUAGUCUUUGACGCAGCUAACACUGCAGACAUCCGUCUUAACUGGGCAUGGUUCCUAGUCUAUAGAUCUUAAAGGGUCAAUCUGCACUUGCUACAUCCAUUUAUAUACUUUUAAAUUAAUUAUAUAUACUCAUUGAUUCUUCAAGAAUAUAACGUAUAUAUGCCCUUAUCAACCUAGUUCAACUGUCAUACCCCAUCAGAACCCAAAAUAUAAGGUUGUUUUACUCCAAUGUUUGUAAACAAAGUAAAUGUAAACAAACACUGUAUAGCCUCAAAACAUGGUUAAAACUAUCAUGUUGAUAUUAUGGAUGGUCAGUUCUUAUAUCCAUAGUUAUUUCCAUGAGUUUGAGAGUGGUUACAUUUCUCCAGCCCCAUCCCUCAGCUGUUUACCAAAUCAGUGGCGGGGUGUCCGCUUUGUUAUUGUUCGAACUGCAGGUUGCCCCUUUUACAACCUUUAUGUAGUGUUGAAAAUGACUUGCGAUAAUUUGUUAUGCAUUCACGCACCUGCUACAUAUCACUGUCGGUUAAAUCCCUGUCCACUAAAAAGCAGGUAGCUGGUGUCUUUUCCCCCCAGAUUGUGUCGUUUUCUGCUGACUGUUCCACUACUUUAAAAAGCUGACCCCUUAAAGUUAGCCGAUGGUUGUGGCUGCUUUUUGCGCUACUAUGGUAGAAAGUUAUACUAGAGGAGAUAGGCUGGAUUUACUUUUGGAUACGCAUGCUCUGAAAUGGAAGCAAAUACUGAUGCAAAAUCACAUAUUACUGUUAUUUUACUCAGAUAUUUCACAGAUAUAUUCAGACAUACAGUUGAAGUCGGAAGUUUACAUACACUUAGGUUGGAGUCAUUAAAACUCGUUUUUCAACCAUUCCACAAAUGUCUUGUCGGUUAGGACAUCUACUUUGUGCAUGACACAAGUAAUUUUUCCAACAAUUGUUUACAGACAGAUUAUUUCACUUAUAAUUCACUGUAUCACAAUUCCAGUGGGUCAGAAGUUUACAUACACUAAGUUGACUGUGCCCUUAAACAGCUUGGAAAAUUCCAGAAAAUGAUGGCAUGGCUUUAGAAGCUUCAUUUGAGUCAAUUGGAGGUGUACCUGUGGAUGUAUUUCAAGGCCUACCUUCAAACUCAGUGCCUCUUUGCUUGACAUCAUGGGAAAAUUAAAAGAAAUCAGCCAAGACCUCAGAAAAAAAAUGGUAGUCUGGUUCAUCCUUGGGAGCAAUUUCCAAACGCCUGAAGGUACCAUGUUCAUCUGUACAAACAAUAGUACGCAAGUAUAAACACCAUGGGACUACGCUGCCGUCAUACCGCUCAGGAAUGAGACGUGUUCUGUCUCCUAGAGAUGAACGUACUUUGGUGUGAAAAGUGCAAAUCAAUCCCAGAACAACAGCAAAGGACCUUGUGAAGAUGCUGGAGGAAACAGGUACAAAAGUAUCUAUAUCCACAGUAAAACAAGUCCUAUAUCGACAUAACCUGAAAGGCCGCUCAGCAAGGAAUAAGCCACUGCUCCAAAACCGCCAUAAAAAAGCCAGACUACGGUUUGCAACUGCACAUGGGGACAAAGAUCGUGCUUUUUGGAGAAAUGUCCUCUGGUCUGAUUAAACAAAAAUAGAACUGUUUGGCCAUAAUGACCAUCGUUAUGUUUGGAGGAAAAAGGGGAGUGCUUGCAAGCCGAAGACCACCAUCCCAACCGUGAAGCACGGGGGUGGCAGCAUCAUGCUGUGUGGGUGCUUUGCUACAGGAGGGACUAGUGCACUUCACAAAAUAGAUGGCAUCAUGAGGAAGGAAAAUUAUGUGGAUAUAUUGAAGCAACAUCUCAAGACAUCAGUCAGGAAGUUAAAGCUUGGUCGCAAAUGGGUCUUCCAAAUGGACAAUGACUCCAAGCAUACUUCCAAAGUUGUGGCAAAAUGGUUUAAGGACAACAAAUUCAAGGUAUUGGAGUAGCCAUCACAAAGCCCUGACCUCAAUCCUAUAGAACAUUUGUGGGCAGAACUGAAAAAGCGUGUGCGAGCAAGGAGGCCUACAAACCUGACUCAGUUACACCAGCUCUGUCAGGAGGAAUGGGCCAAAAUUCAGCCAACUUAUUGUGGGAAGCUUUUGGAAGGCUACCCAAAACGUUUGACCCAAGUUAAACAAUGUAAAGCCAAUGCUAACAAAUACAAAUUGAGUGUAUGUAAACUUCUGACCCACUGGGAAUGUGAUGAAAGAAAUAAAAGCUGAAAGAAAUAAUUCUCUCUACUAUUAUUCUGACAUUUCACAUUCUUAAAAUAAAGUGGUGAUCCUAACUGACCUAAUUUAUACUAGGAUUAAAUGUCAGGAAUUGUGAAAAACUGAGUUUAAAUGCAUUUGGCUAAGGUGUAUGUAAACUUCUGACUUCAACUGUAAUAAGGAGAUAUGGUUGAAUGGUGGAUGGUGCGUGUCUUGGUUUGUUGUGAUUUACUUGCUCAUGGCUGCAACUUGAUCUGAUCCCAACCUUAUUUACCCCUCUGAGAAUAUACCAGUUCAUGUGAAACAAGGAGACCUCACAAAAUACAGAGUAAAUAGUUACUUACAGGACAAUCACACUACUCAAUGUUGAUAUCAAAAUUCACCCACUCUUUUACACUCGUUGGUUGGAAUAGGAAUGUGCUUUGGACUGAAUUCGUCUCUUUGUGUUUUUGCGAUAUCCAACACGUUUGUCUUCCUCCCCACCUCAGGCAAGCUCUCCCUCAUCUCUCUCUGUGCUGUCCUUCCAAUAGCAGUAGCUUCCAUUUUGCCACCCCCUUUUAUAUUAUUUUAUCUUAAAAUCAUUCUGUUGUGGGGAAAAAGUCUCCCCCUCUCAACUGCUAAACUUAAGGGGAAACGCUUGGGUUGAGGAAGGUAACUCUUGCCACUUCUGCAAGCUGAGGAAAGGUAAAUCACAUCACUCAUGUUUUUGUGUCAGCUACUAGGGUGUCAGUGGAGUUGUACUGUAUGUCUCCUUUUUGGUGUUUUUGAUUAUUUCAUCAUGGAUCGGGUGAAAGAGUCCAUCAUUGUGCACAGUGCUUUGUGGAAUUCAUUGCCUGGAUGCCAAGGCUGCUGCUAUAUGACCCUAAUGACUCCACUCUAGUCCCAGUUCUGUAGCGAGAAUUAUGGGACCUUAAUUGUAGUGAAUAUCAAUUUCAGAGGUGAGAGGAUAAGGUGGGGUGGAAGAGAUGGGUAUUAAAUCUCACCUAAUGAACAGCAUUGAUACAACAUGGUACAACACAUACACUGGGUUGUGAAUACGUUGAGCAUUAGAUGGUUCUUUGCUUUGGGAACUAUUUAUUUUUCCCAAUGGUUUUCGAUGGGAUUCAAAGCUGACAAAAGUCUUGUCUAUCGCUCCUCUAUCCCCGCCAAACUUGUCGUCCCCCUGACAGAUGGCGGUGCGGCAAACUUUGGCCUCAACUUCCUCACCUUCAUCAUUCUCUUCAACAACCUGAUCCCCAUCAGUCUGCUGGUGACCCUUGAGGUCAUCAAGUUCACCCAGGCCUUCUUCAUCAACUGGGUGAGAGAAGACACAGGGGAUUUGGAUUUGGGACCCUGUGGUUAUCACUGACAGGGGUUAGGGUCAAUUCCAUUUCAAUUCAAUGAAUUCAGUUUAUUUCCUGAAUUCACUGAAUUGAAAUGGAAUUGACCCCAACCCUAUUAAUGUCUCUCAUUAUAUAGCUCUGACCCCAAUUCCAAUUCUCCGCCUUAUCCCCGAAGUGUACACUUGAUUAGUCCCCCUCCAGCAUUGGGUUGGUGAAGACGGAGUUCUUCUAUCCUACACCAAUUUAAUGCUUUGAAAUCCUUGAGGGGGGAGUGAUUGAGUUACACUUCUGGAGAACGGGAUAAUCACAAUUGGGUUCUGGUCUUAAAUAUGCUGCCGCCUACGGCUGGUAGAAAACCCAGACUGUCUGCAACUCAAGAAUAAAAGGUUCAAUUUUACUAAGAUAACCAACCUUUAGGUUAUCGAACUUAGACACCCUUGACAAAGAUGAGCAAUAAUGACUGUAUAAAAUAAGUAAUUAAAAUACUGAGCUAUAUUGUAUGCAAAAUAAAAAUAAAAGGGAAAUUGUAUUCUUUUAAACUAAUAUUUUGCUCAGAGAAAGAGAUUUUUUUAAACAAGUAAUACUUUUUUCUCUCAAAGGUAAGGGUUGAAAUUAUUGACACCUCUAAAGAUUCUUAUAAAUAAAGUAGUCAAACGUUUAGUAUUUUUUCCAAUAUUCCUAGCACGCAAUGACUACAUCAAGCUUGUGACUCUACAAACUUGUUGGAUGCAUUUGCAGUUUAUUUGGGUUGUUUCAGAUUAUUUUGAGCCCAAUAGAAAUGAAUGGUGAAUAAUGUAUUGUGUCAUUUGGGAGUCACUUUUAUUGUAAAUAAGAAUAGAAUAUGUGUCUACAUAGGUAAUACAGUCGUGGUCAAAAGUUUUGAGAAUGACACAAAUAUUAAUUUUCACUAAGUCUUGUCCUCGUCAACACUCUCACACAUGUGAGAGUGUUGACGAGGACAAGGCUGGAGAUCACUUUUGGCUUCAGGGCGCCGAAGAAAGUCCAGCAAGCGCCAGGACCAUCUUCUAAAGUUGAUUCAGCUGCGGGAUCGGGGCACCACCAGUGCAGAGCUUGCUCAGGAAUGGCAGCAGGCAGGUGUGAGUGCAUCUGCACGCACAGUGAGGCGAAGACUUUUGGAGGAUGGCCUGGUGUCAAGAAGGGCAGCGAGGAAGCCACUUCUCUCCAGGAAAAACAUCAGGGACAGACUGAUAUUCUGCAAAAGGUGCAGGAAUUGGACUGCUGAGGACUGGGGUAAAGUCAUUUUCUCUGAUGAAUCCCCUUUCCGUUUGUUUGGGGCAUCCGGAAAAAAGCUUGUCCGGAGAAGACAAGGUGAGCGCUACCAUCAGUCCUGUGUCAUGCCAACAGUAAAGCAUCCUGAGACCAUUCAUGUGUGGGGUUGCUUCUCAGCCAAGGAGUGGGCUCACUCACAAUUUUGCCUAAGAACACAGCCAUGAAUAAAGAAUGGUACCAACACAUCCUCCGAGAACAACUUCUCCCAACCAUCUAAGAACAGUUUGGUGACGAACAAUGCCUUUUCCAGCAUGAUGGAGCACCUUGCCAUAAGACAAAAGUGAUAACUAAGUGGCUCGGGGAACAAAACAUCAACAUUUUGGGUCCAUGGCCAGGAAACUCCCCAGACCUUAAUCCCAUUGAGAAUUUGUGGUCAAUCCUCAAGAGGCGGGUGGACAAACAAAAACCCACAAAUUCUGACAAACUCCAAGCAUUGAUUAUGCAAGAAUGGGCUGCCAUGUGGCCCAGAAGUUAAUUGACAGCAUGCCAGGAUGGAUUGCAGAGGUCUUGAAAAAGAAGGGUCAACACUGCAAAUAUUGACUCUUUGCAUAAACUUAAUGUACUUGUCAAUAAAACCUUUGACACUUAUGGAAUGGUUGUAAUUAUACUUCAGUAUACAUCUGACAAAAAUAUCUAAAAACACUGAAGCAGCAAACUUUGUGAAGACCAAUACGGAUAAUCCUGAGUGACAAAAGUUACAGAGGGUCAAAGAUCAUACCCUCAAGUCAUGCUAACCUCCCUGUUAUUGGAAAUGGUGAGAGAUUAGCAGGUCUUGGGGGUAUGAUCUUUGACCGUCUGUAACUUUCUCACUUCACUCAUCAUUAUUCACGAUUCAUUCAGGAUUAUUCGUAAUCAUGGUAGCAUUCAUAUUAAUGUAGAAGUGUUUAGAAACAUUUUAUAUUCUUAUUUAUAAUAAAAGUGACUCCAAAAUGACACAAUACAUUAUUUUCCAUUAAUUUCUAUUGGGCACAAAGUAAUCUGAAACACAACCAAAAUGAACUGCAAAUGCAUCCAACAAGUUUGUAGAGUCACAAGCUUGAUGUAGUCAUUGCGUGCUAGGAAUAUGGGACCAAAUACUAAACUUUUGACUGAUUUAUUUAUAAUAAUCUUUAGGUGUGUCAAUAAUUUGGACCCCAACAUUGUUUGGGGGGGAAAAAAAGUAUUACUUGUUAAACAGAAAUCUCUGUCUCUGAGCAAUUGUAUUAGUAUAAAAUAAUAUAAUUUCCCAAUUUCGUUGACCAUACAAUAUAGCUCAGUAUUUGAAAUAUUUAUUUUAUACAGUCAUUAUUGCUCAUCUUUUACAAGGGUGUUAAUAAUUUCGGACCCCACUGUAUCUGUUGCUGUCUAGUCACUUGAUUUCAAAGUCAAAAUGUUUGAAGUUGGUGUUGUUUCUCAUAAGAUUCUAUCUGAUUAUUUCAGGAUACAGACAUGCUGUAUGAGCCCACUAACACCCCAGCUGUGGCUCGCACUUCCAACCUGAAUGAAGAACUAGGACAGGUAAAGCAGCUUGUUCAAAAUGUUAUGAAUGACAUUGAAUUCAUGAAUUCCUUUACAUCCACCUUCACCUGCACAUACUAUAGUAGUUGUACCAAAUACACAUUUGUUUCCAAUGUUGACAAAAAAUGAAUUCUAGUUACCUGUGAAUUGGAGACAUUUAUAGUGCCUUCAGAAAGUAUUCACACCUCUUGACUUUCCCAGAUGUUGUUGUGUUACAGCCUGAAUUUAAAAUGGAUUAAAUUGAGAUUUUGUGCCACUGGCCUAAUGUCAGUGGAAUUAUGUUUUUCGAAAUGUGAAAACAUUACUUAAAAAUGAAAAGCUGAAAUGUCUUGAUUCAAUAAGUAUUCAACGCCUUUGUUAUGGCAAGCCUAAAUAGGUUCAGGUGUAAAUAUUUUAUUAACUAAUCACAUAAUAAGUUGCAUGGACUCACUUUGUGUGCAAUAAUGGUGUUAAACAUGAUUUUUUAAUGACUACCUCGUCUCUGUACCCCACACAUACAAUGAGCUGUAAGGUCCCUCAGUCGAGCAGUGAAUUUUAAACAUAUUCAACCACAAAGACCAGGGAGGUUUUCCAAUGCCUCACAAAGAAGGGCACCUAUUGGUAGAUGGAUAAAAAAAAGAACAUGUUGAAGUUAUUAAUUACGCUUUGGAUUAAUACACCCAAUUACAAAUUCCUAACUCAAUUGCCGGAGAGGAAGGAAACCGCUCAGGGAUUUCACCAUGAGUCCAAUGAUGAGUUUAAUGGCUUUGAUAGAAGAAAACUGAGGAUGGAUCAACAACAUUGUAGUUACUCCACAAUAUUAAACUAAAUGGCAGAGUGAAAAGAAGGAAGCCUGUACAUAAUAAAUAUAUUCCAAAACAUGCAUCCUGUUUGCAAUGAGGCACUAGUAAAACUGCAAACAAUGUGACAAAUAAAUUAACUUUAUGUCCUACAUACAAAGCAUUAUGUUUUGGGAAAAUCCAACAUUAACACAUCACUGAGUACCACUCUGUCACGACUUCGGCCGAGGCUGCCUCCCCUCCUUGUUCGGGCAGGCUUCGGCGUUCGUCGUCACCGGCCUACUAACCACUGCUGCCCCAAUCAUCAUCACAUUUGACUUGUCUUGUUUAUCACACACACCUGGUUCUAAUCCCCUCAUUAGUCCGUGUAUAAGUGUUCCCUCUGCCCCCUUGUCCUUGUGGGUGAUUGUUAGUCGUGAGAGUAGUAUAGCUCGGUGGAGCUACUCGUACAUUUUGUUGCCAGGGUAGAUUUUCCCCUGUGCCUAUUUAUUAGUGGAUUCUACUGUUACAGUGUAUUUGCCAGGGAUGAUAGUUUCCCCUGUUCCUGUUUCAUUGUUCGCUAUUUGAGCGCAUUUGUGUGUCAACGAAGGAAUAAGCUCUGUAUUCGGUGAUUACACUCCUGCGCCUGACUCCGUUCAUCACCCUCAUCACACACUCUUCAUAUUUUCAAGCAUGGUGGUCGCUGCAUCAUAUUAUGGGUAUGCUUGUCAUCGGCAAGGGAAUUUUGGGGGGAUAAAAAUAAACAGAAUAGAGCUAAGCACAGGCAAAAUCCUAGAGGAAAACCUGGUUCAGUCUGCUUUCCAAAAGACACUGGGAGACAAAUUCACCUUUCGGCAGGACAAUAACCUAAAACGCAAGGCCAAAUACACACUGGAGUUGCUUACCAAGACAACAUUGAAUGUUCCUGAGUGGCCUAGUUACAGUUUUGAAUUAAAUCUGCUUGAAAAUCAAUGGCAGGACUUGAAAAUGGCUGUCUAGCAAUGAUCAACAACCAACUUGACAGAGCUUGAAGAAUAAAUCAAUAAAUGCAAAGCUCUUAGAGACUUACCUAGAAAGACUCAAAGCUGUAAUCGCUGCAAAGGUCAUUCUAAAAAAUAUUGACUCAGGGGGUUGAAUACUUAUGUAAUCAAGAUAUAUUAGUGUUUUAUUUUCAUUAAUUUGUUACAAAUGUUAGAAUUUCUCUUCCACUUUGACAUGACAGAGUAUUUUGUGCAGAUCGCUGACAAGUAAUGACAAUUAAAUCAAUUUUAAUCCCACCUUGUAACACAACAAAAUGUGGAAAAAGUCAAGGGGUGUGAAUACUUUCUGAAGUGAAACAUUUGUGCAGUCUGAGCCAUUACUAAUUAAACGGAGCACCACAUGGCUCAACGCUCCUGGUGUGUCUCUGAUCCACAUUGAGCAAUGAUUGGCUGUCUUUCUCUUGUCACUUUCUUGUCACUUUCUUUGACAGGUGAAAUACAUAUUCUCCGACAAGACGGGGACUCUGACCUGCAACGUGAUGCAGUUCAAGAAGUGCACCGUCGCCGGCGUGGCCUAC